AAGAAGUUAGGGUUCUUGAGAAAAUAAACAAAAAUGGGAAGAUCACCGUGUUGCGACCAAGACAAAGGUGUGAAGAAAGGACCAUGGAUGCAAGAAGAAGAUGAUAAGCUUACUGCUUAUAUAAACGAGAACGGUUAUGGGAAUUGGCGGUCGCUUCCUAAGCUCGCUGGCCUUAACCGCUGCGGCAAGAGCUGUCGGCUCCGGUGGAUGAAUUAUCUCCGGCCUGAUAUCCGGCGGGGCAAGUUCUCCGAUGAAGAAGAGAGUACUAUCAUUAGACUCCAUGCCCUUCUUGGCAACAAAUGGUCUAAAAUAGCGGGUCAUCUACCAGGAAGAACCGACAAUGAGAUAAAGAACUAUUGGAACACUCAUAUGAGGAAGAAGUUGUUGCAAAUGGGGAUUGAUCCAAUGACACACGAGCCAAGAACCAACGAGCUUAGCCCUAUCCUCGAUGUUUCUCAAAUGCUCGUGGCAGCAAUCAACAAUGGCCAAUUUGGUAACAAUAACCUCUUCAACAAUAGCACUACUGCUUUGGAGGAUCUUCUCAAACUCCAGCUGAUCCACAAAAUGCUUCAAAUCAUAUCCCCUAAAGCCGUACCAAACAUCAAUAGCUUCAACACGGCCACUUCAGUGAAUCCUAAACCGGAUACCACGGUUCCACACGUUUUCAUAAACCAAAGUGGAAUCACUCCUGAGGCGGCCACCUCUGAUCUCAUUUCAUCUUAUGAUAAUGUUUGGGAUGGUAUUGAAGAUAACCAGCUUCCUGGUUUGGUUACGGUUUCUCAAGACGGUUUGAAUGCAUCAAAACCGGGUACCAGUACUACCACCGAGGGAAAUGAUCAAACCGGAGCCGGUUACUAUCCUGAUCAAUUACAUAAAAUCCCAUCUUCUGGUUUGGUAUCGGUUUCUCCUGUAACAUCAGGUUUGAACCAUCCUGGUACAGCUCAACACUCAUCGGCUGGUUCAGAUGUCCUAGAGGACUGGGGGAAGUUCCUUGAUGAUGAAACAAGUGAUUCUUGCUGGAAAAGUUUCUUAGACUUAACGUCACCCACAUCGUCACCCCUCCCAUGGUAAAAGCUGGAUUUUGUGCGGGUCGUAUUAUAUAAACUCCAUAGUUUUAAGGUCAAUGAUA